AUGCCGGACAAGCAGGACAGGUUUACCGAAUUUCAGGGCCUGAUAAGGGCACACGGAGACGUGCAGAUCCGCUGGAUCCCAGGUCAUGCCAACAUACCAGGCAAUGAGGAGGCCGACGGCCUCGCCAAAGCAGGAUGCCUGCAACCCGAACCACCAGGGGCCAUGCCAUCCCUGGCGCACCUGCGUAGACUGGCCAGGCAACAAUCGAAGGACGCUUUCAACACAUGGUGGGCCGUCGAGGCGCCAGGGUCAUACAGACCUCUAGACCUCGAAGCCACCACAAGUUGUCCUCUGGAGCUCACGCUGUCAAGAGCGACGCUCCACAACCUUCUUGCCGCAAGAUCUCGGCACGGAGACUUCGCCGACUACCACGAGCGUUUCAACCAUGACGAUGCGAGUCUAGACCGCUCAUGCGGACGACGCAAGACGCCAGAACACCCCUUCUACUGCAGAAAGAUACCGCCUCGGCUCCGGAUGAGGCUGAUCCCCUCACCGGCCGAAGCGAUACACCAUGCGGUAGGCAAGGGCUUCAAAGCCUUCGUCGCGAUGACAUCGGAAUGCUCCUUCUUCCAAAGGAUCUGCCCGCGCUAUUAG